GUCCGUCCCCACUGUGGACGUGGAGACCUCUCUGGAUUCACAAUUAAAGGCUACAUAAUGCGUUCCACUAUAGGUGACGAAACCCAGCUCCCAGAAUAACAAGCAAGACAACUUUUAAAGUGACUGCUGUUGACCAGUGUCGUCUGUGCGUUUGUUUGGUGAGCUUAUGGCUGAUUUUUCGAAAGGACGGCACAGAUUCUUUUGAAUUAUUCUCGGGGAGGGCUGACUCUCCCUGGCGGCGAUGUGGAUGACAUAGGAUACAACAUCAACAGGGAGGCUGUGUAUGUUCCUCUGGUCCGUGUGACUCUUCCAAGACGGUGAAACUGAUUGAUACGGGGGAAAAUGCUGAAACUAGUGGCCACAGAUGUCUUUAAUUCCAAAAACCUGGCUGUUCAGGCACAAAAGAAGAUCUUGGGUAAAAUGGUGUCCAAAUCCAUCGCUACCACCUUAAUCGAUGACACCAGCAGCGAAGUGUUGGAUGAGCUCUACCGGGUGACCAAGGAGUACACCCAAAACAAGAAGGAGGCAGAGAAGAUCAUCAAAAACCUCAUCAAAACAGUCAUCAAGCUGGCCAUUCUUUACAGGAAUAAUCAGUUUAACCAAGACGAGCUCGCACUCAUGGAGAAAUUUAAGAAGAAAGUGCACCAACUUGCUAUGACCGCAGUCAGUUUCCAUCAGGUGGAUUUCACCUUUGACCGGAACGUGUUGUCCAGGCUGCUAAAUGAGUGCCGAGACAUGCUGCACCAGAUCAUCCAGCGUCACCUCACUGCCAAGUCACACGGACGGGUUAAUAACGUCUUUGAUCACUUUUCAGAUUGUGAUUUCUUGGCUGCCUUGUAUAAUCCCUUUGGAAAUUUCAAACCCCACUUACAAAAACUGUGUGAUGGUAUCAACAAAAUGUUGGAUGAAGAGAACAUAUGAGCAUGUGGCUGAGAUUGUGACUGCUCGUGAUUUGUUUGAAGAUGGAGCACUGCUGAUGUAUGAAGGAAAAAAAGAAUAAUUCUUUUUUAAAGAUUACCCAUCUUUCAGAAAGACUUUGCCCAAUUCAGUUGUCAGACAUUAAUGAUAAUGUUUUGUGAGGCUUGUUUUAUUCGAAGAAGAGCAUAUUGCCAAAAAUUCUGGUAAAAAGCUUCCUCACGGUUAACAGAUCACAGGAAACUUGUAUAGUUGCAUGAUGCAAAUAUUGAGUUAUAUAAAGAAAAACACGUGUGGCUCCAAACCUUGAGACAUCUUUUUAGGGCAGUUGUUUUGGCGACACAUUGGGUGUUUCUAACGUGUACAGGAUUAUGUGUUUGAAUUCACCUUUACUCCUUACUAUAUAUAUGUUGUACCUUUUCUAAAAAGCCAAGAACUCUCUCUUAACUGUCAUUUCUCCUUUUGAAACAAUCCCAUUUUCAAAGCUACCUUUUGUUAAGGAUUCUUUUGUUAAAGAUUUUGUCAUUGACAUUCAAGAAUUCUGUCUUAAUUAAGAAUUAAGACAUUCAAGAAUUAAGGCAGUCAUAUAGAACCCUCAGAAAAAUAGAAAACUACUUCUCUGAAAUCAAUCUUAUAGAAACCAACUGUAUUUGCCAUUAUGAAUCAUGUCUAAUAUAAGCCUGUGCUUCUGGAACGGAGUCCUCUUUUUCAGUACCAACAGUAAUACUUCUCAAAGCGUGAUCACUUGCCAAAACAUGACAAUGGCAUACCAUUGCCUUGAAAUCCUUGCUGAGGGCUUAACUUUCCUGUUAUCUUGAAAAUGUGCUGAUAGAAUCUCCAUUUUCUCAUAUCCAUUUGAAAUGCAACAGACAAAGAGGAAAUCUAGCUUAUUCUCCAUGUUGGGACAAUAAAAAGUAAGUGAUAUUAAGAAUGAUAAAACCUUUUUUUUUUUUUUUUUAGGGAUGAGCCCAUCAGAAUAACUUAAUUUAGGGGGCUGAGGGGCAAAAGGAAGAAAGGAUAUUGCUACAGGACAUGAGAAUGAAAAUUAAUGCAUUUCAAUGUUUUAUAAGGUUUGAUAGAUAAAUAAAGAUUGUCACUUUUUUAUUUAA